CCGCUUCACACAGCUCCUCCUACCUGUCCCUGUCUUAUGUAGGCUAUCUUCCAACAAUGAUGCCCAUUUCUGUUGGCGUUCUUGACCGUUUCUUGCCAAAAGGACCAAUACAUUUGGACUGAGCUGUCUGCGUAAAGUCCAACAUGGCGACGGUGGUGAUGGAGCAGAUCGGACGGCUGUUCAUCAAUGUGCAGCAGCUCCGUCAGAUCCCUCAGCUCCUGGAGUCGGCCUUUCCCACGCUUCCCUGCACCGUCAAACUCUCCGAUGUGCCCAAGGUCUUCCAGGAGCGCUACAUCCUCACUGGGUACAGGCAGACGGACCAGAGCUGGCGCUACUAUUUCCUUACCCUCUUCCAAAGGCACAAUGAAAGCAUAAAUGUGUGGACUCAUUUGCUCACUGCUCUGAUUGUUCUGGUCAAGUGUCAGGAGAUCUCCCAGACAGUGGACUUCUUACGGGACCCCCACGCUCAACCGCUCUUCAUCAUCCUCCUCACUGCCUUCAUCACGCUCUCCUUCAGUGCACUUGCUCAUCUUCUGAGUGCCAAGUCCGAGUUGUCCUUCUUCACUUUUUACUUUUUGGACUACUUGGGUGUUGCAGUUUAUCAAUAUGGCUGUGCAGUUGCUCACUACUACUAUGUGAUAGAAGAGGACUGGCACACGAGAGUCCGCGGGUUUUAUCUACCCACUGCGGCUUUCCUGUCAUGGCUAACAUGCUUCGGCUGUUGCUAUGGCAGGUACUCGAGUCUUGAGAUGCCUAAGUUUACCAACAAGCUUUACCAGUUGGUUCCUUGCACCUUAGCCUACUGUUUAGACAUCAGCCCAGUUGUUCAUCGUAUCUACAGCUGCUAUCAGACCGGCUGCUCUGACCCUGCAGUGCCGUACCACUUUUACCACACAAUACUAUUCAUCGUCAGCGCCUACUUCUUCUCCUUCCCCCACCCGGAGAGCCUGUUCACGGGAAAGUGUGACUUUAUAGGCCAGGGUCACCAGAUUUUUCACGUUCUGAUGGGGGUGUCCACGCUCAUGCAGAUCGCAGCGCUACGCAUGGACUUUACGGACCGCCGCCCCCUUUACGAGCGUCUCCAUGGCGACCUGGCUCAUGACGCCGUGGCGCUCUUCAUCUUCACCAACUGUUGCUCUGCGCUCACUGUGUUUUAUGUGCGGAAGCGUGUAAAAGCAUCUCUCCAAAACAAACGGGACUAAUGAUAAUGUCAUAUACUAUAAUCUCAUCUCAAAUGUAAAUUGCUUUUUAAAAGGUGCAGUAUAAAACUUUUAAGGUGGAGGGUGUGUCAUUUGUCUGUCAGCAUGGAGAUGUUAUUACUUUGCACUGAAUAGCAUUAAAUUUAUCUAUCAGCAUGGAUACACGAUGAUGCCACCAGGCCAAGUUGCAGGUGACUGCUUUCUCAAAAAGAGAGAAUAUUUUUAUGGUACUUUUUACCAAGUAAAAAACAUAAAAAAAAACUCAUAUUGACUAAAUGAUAGAUAAAUUCAAUGCCAUACUGUAGAACAUUCCAGGCAAGGCAAUGACAUCUCCAAGGAGACAAGAAGGUAGUGUACCUGCCACCAGAAAAGUUGCAUAGUGCACCUUUAAAGAUUCCAUAUUAUGCUAAAUUAGGCAUUUUCACUCAACAAGAAGCCCUUGCUUUUUUAGCACUUAAUUUAUAGUUUACUUGAUUGAACAAAUACAACAAACAUAGAUUAACAUGUACCCACAAGUACCCACUAUAUAUACUGUAUAUUGAACCCAAAAAGUAUUGUUCCAUGCAUCUUUUAUUGAACCAUAAGCUGACAAUAAUAAUCAUCAUGACAGGCCUACAAAGACUGGGAACACAAUUACCAGCCUAUUUAUGUUUUACUUUUAUCCACACAUGCUUGAGAAGUCCUGCUUGCAAAAGGUUCAUCUUGACCGCAACCAGGAAAUUUACUUUAUUCUUUAACAAGUUUUAUUUAAACACCAUGGGACUCUCUUUGAUCAUUACAGCAAUUGUAAAUACUACAAACAAUAAGCUCAUUUACUGGAUCUAGGGCUUGAAAAUAUGACAAAAAACAAAACAAAACAAAAAACAAGUGGUUUUGAAAAUGAAAUUCCUGAACAUAAAUAAUAGAUAUUUUUAGUCAUUGCCAUUUAAUACAAACACAUAUAUAUACUGUAUGUCUUCCUCAAAACUCUUAACUCAAACCACUUGCCUUUACUGACAGAGAAUUGGCUGUAGACAUCACAAUAACUGGCUCCAUCUAUUAGGGUCACAUAGCUAAUAGUUGUACUAAAAAUCAUCAAUCUCAGGAAAACAGACUGCCCCAAAAUGUUUUCCACACAUAUCCGUUUGUUUUUUAAGCCUGAUAAAGCAUAAUAUGGGCUCCUUACAUAUGACUGUAAUGCAAUAUAAUGUGUUCUGCCAAAACAAAUGAAAUAAGUAAAGCUUUUAUAAGAGGAUUUUUAUGUGGUGACAGAAAGUCUAUCAUGCACAUUUCAGCAUUUAACUUUAUAAUUGAAGAUGGCAAAAACAGUAUACAUUUUCUCAUUGAUGACAUAGUUUGUGUUAUUUUGUAUUUCUAAAUUAAAUUGUCGCAUUGAGAAUAUACAGUACAUAACUUAUAUCAUUAUGUUAUUUUCUAUUAAAUGGUCUGCCAGGUACCUGUUUGUCCCUACAUUUCUAACAUUUUCACAUUUAUACACCACAUCUUGUAUUCUACAAAACAAGGAUAUUAUGUGAACACUGACAAUUGUGCCACAUAUGUAGAGAGAGAUUAUUUCAAAAUCAAAUCUUGCACCUCAAAUGAUUCUUCAUAAUUUAGCACUGAAGCCUUUUGUAAUUUUAUUCAACAGCCGUUUUUUUCAUAUUUGCCUUUCAUUUCCAACACAUAAACACUAGAUUUACAUUGCUGGCUUUUUAAUUUGGUUAGUCGGAUUUGACAGUCAAAAGUCAAUGUUAGUUGUGUGGAGCCCUUAUCUCUUUGCAUCUCAUGGUUUCUUUCUGUCUGAUGAAAACGUGUGCCUCUUCGCAUGUUGUAUUACUGUAGACGUACUGUGGGAACUGAUGUAGCUUUGCACUUAUUUCUUACCUUGUAUAUAAGUAUUUAUCUUUUUAUUUAUUUACAGUCAAACAGCACUUGGAGUGUUGACGGUGUUGCUAUCCAAAACAGUAAUGCAGACUACAUUUCACCUGGUGCACUUCUUUUUGUUGUUUUAUGCUCUCCAAAAUGUGACAUUAGGCUAUAUACGAAAUGUCCGAUAUUAUUUAUAUUUAACCUUUUGUUUCACAUGAUGUUCAAUGUGCCAAUGAAUCUGUUUCAGUGAUGGUACUUCUGGAUAAUGAUUGAGAAUGAUACUGAUUUUCGGACUUGACAUUUGCGUAUUUACACUACUGACUAUAUAUUUGAAUCCUAUAAACACCUUACACUGCCUGAAACACUGGAUAUCUGUAGCUGACUAUGUUUACACACUCGUUUUGCUUUUAGUAAUCUUAUUUUUUCCACAUUUAGGCUUUUUUUUUUUACAAUGAAAAUGAGAGAAUGACUUUAGGUGCACUUGACCUGAAACUGGUUUCAACCGGGGUUUUCUUGAUACGUUGCUGCACUCAAAAGACUCCAAUUUAUUAUUAUUAUUUUUUUAUUAUUUAAAACUAGAAAGACUAAUAUUUUGUGGGCAUUUUAAUAUUUAUGACCAUAAUUAUUUAUGCAGAUGUCUAUAUGUAAUACCUCAUAUUGAAUUGCAGCAUAAAUUGUGUGUAAGCAUAGCCUGACCUUUACCUUGGAGAGCAGAGUGCGAAGGACCAGAAUGUCUCCUCUUCUGUAUGUGACUGUUCUAAUGUCAAGUGGUAUUUAAGACA